AUGAGGAAUCUGAACCACCAACGGGCGUUGGCUGGCCAGCCCGCAAAGAAACCGUGCGAAAUCUUUGACCUGAUCGGGGGAACGAGCACUGGAGGAUUGAUCGCCAUUAUGCUGGGCCGACUGGAGAUGGACGUGGCUGAGUGCAUUGCAGCCUAUUGCAAGCUUUCCGAAUCUGUCUUCAAGGUCAAGAAGCACUGGUCCAGCAUCACACUGCGAGGGGAUAUCCAGUCCCGAUUCGACUCUCAGAAGCUCAGAGCUGCGGUUGAGGCAGUCUUGAAUGACAAGAACUUGCCCCCAACAACGCUGUUCAAUGACAAGGUUGAAAGGGGUUGCAAAGUGUUUGUCUGUGCGACUUCUGCCCAUUCUGCGACUACUCGCCGCCUGCGAAGCUACGACACGACCAAGGAGCCCUCCAGCAAUGCUACCAUCGUCGAAGUUGCCAUGGCGACGUCCGCCGCAAGUACCUUCUUCGAGCCCGUUACGAUCGAUGAUAUGAAGUACCUCGAUGGAGGUCUUGGUGCCAACAACCCGGUUGACGAAGUCGUUGGUGAGGCGAGAUACAUCAUGGGCCGUGAAACAGAAGACCUGAAGCCUUUGGUUAAAUGUCUCAUUUCCAUUGGCACGGGAAAUCCAGGCAUGAAAUCCAUCAGCGACAACUUCUGGCAAUUUGUUUCGACAACCCUCGUUAAUAUCAGCACAAACACUGAGUUGACGGCCCAGAGAUUCGCCCUGGCAUGGCGGGAUCUGAGUGAUGCCCAUCGAUACUUUCGCUUCAACGUCGAGCAGGGCCUCCAGGAUAUUGAUCUCUCCGAGUACAAGGAGAGCGGAAAGAUCAAGAUAGCCACACAAGUGUAUCUCGAGAAGGCGGACAGUGCUGCUAUGGUGGAAAAUUGUGUCAAGAAUCUCAAGACAAAGCAAAAGCGUGCCAAAAGAGAACUUGCCGAGAAAAUCCAAGCUUACAACAUUGCGAUCCAAUCAGCCACAAACAGCCCUCUGCCACCGCCCAAGUACUGUCUCCCGUUCGCGAAGAACAAGCGUUUUGUUGGCCGCAAAACCAUCAUCAAGAAGCUCUCGGAUGCCUUCUUCGGCGAGGAACCCUGCGAAAGGGUCGCACUGGCUGGGCUCGGAGGGGUGGGCAAAACCCAGACCGCUCUUGAGUUUGCCUUUUGGGUUCAACAUGAGAAGCCAGAGUACUCCAUCUUUUGGCUCUCCGCACUGAGUGCUAGCAGCUUCGAGCAAAGCUGCAACACAGCCGCCACUGAACUAAGCAUUUUCCAACAAGGUCUGGAUUCUAAAGCUAUUCUGAGAGACUUUUUGAGUUCCAAGAAGUCUGGGCCAUGGCUUAUCAUUGUGGACAACGCUGAUGAGAGGGGCCUGGUUCUGGGUGGUCCCAAUCAUUCUUUCAGCAUCGAUGAACAGCUGCCCCAAAGCCCUGCUGGUCGAGUCCUCUUUACCACCCGCUCGAAUGAGGUGGCUCUUCAGGUUUCUGAUGGAGAGCCUCUGGAACUUGGCGAAAUGAAACCAGCAGAAGCCCUGAAAUUCUUGGAAAAGUCCAUCAACAGCAAGCUUCUACUUGCAGAUCACUCUGUGGUCUCGGAGCUGUUGGAAGAGCUGACAUACCUUCCACUGGCAAUGGCUCAGGCAGCAGCAUACUUGAAUCGAAACAAGGUUACCAUAGCUCGGUAUCUUGAGCUGUUGCGAGGCACCGAGCAGGAAAUGACUUCCCUGUUGAGUCGCGAAUUCCACGACCGAACUCGAUACCGUGGAUCGCAGAACGCUGUGGCAACCACGUGGCGUGUUUCUUUCGACGAGAUCCUUGCGCACGACCCAAUGGCUGCCAAAUUGCUCAGGUUUAUCUCGAGAAUCGAACCCAAGGACAUCCCGCUCCCAAUUCUACCCCGUGGGGACUUGGAAGAGGAACUCGCAUACUCGGUUGGCACUCUUUGCUCUUAUACCUUUUUGGUUCCACGAGAAGACCACGAAGUCUAUGACAUGCAUAGUCUUGUGCAUCUAGCCACCAGGAUCUGGGUACAGAGAAAUGGGUUGACCUUGGAGACCAUCACGGUCGCGUACAAGCACCUUGCAGCAGCGCUUCACACAGGAACAGGACAACAGCCAUACUGGAGACAGUAUAUCUCUCACGCACUCAAGAUUCUUCGAUCUAGAGACCAAGUUGAGACCAAAGAGAGGUUUCUGUUGAGCUGCGAACUGGGUGGCUAUUUGCUAGACGAUGGUCGCAUGAGGGAGGCUGGCGAAUGCUUUCGAGAAUCCUGGGGUUGGGCAAAGGGGCACCUCCCCGAGGACGACCCAGAUCGACUGGACUUUGAGGGCAUGCUUGCUAUGAGUUAUGCUCAAGAGGGGGAGUUGGAUAAGUCCAUCGAGCUAUUGCAACACGUUGUGGCCAAGCACGAACGAUCGCGUUCAUAUGAAAAGGAUUGCACCCCAAUUUUUCGAGCUCUUUGGAGCCUUAGGGCUGUAUCCGAGGGCAGGUGCGAUGCGGAACAGGUCGCUGGCAUACUGCGCAAGAUAGCACAUGCACUGAGCAAGCUGCCGAAUGGACACCCAGCCCUAGCAAGUUCCUGGCCUUGGCUUGUGGAUGCCCUUCUGGCCAAUGCACAAGUUUCUGAGGCUUAUGAACUCCUUCAGAAGCUCUACGAAGCAGAAGAUGGAACAAAACAAAGCCGGACGUGCCGGCUUAUCCGACAGUACUAUCUCAGAAUUGCUUCCGAGGACCAGGACACAAUAGUGAUGAUGAAGAGACUGGAGUAUGAGAUUGAGAUACUCUACAAGACAGCGCCAUCGAGCGUCCAGGACCUACUGUACAAGCGUUCCGCGCUUGAAAAAACAAGCGUGCGUCACACUCAUCUUCAGAGAGGGGUCGAGCUAGCACAGUACCUACUCGCGAUGGUCGAAAGUGGAUGGGUUGCCAAUGCUACACUGACGUCGGCAGGGACUGAACUGAUGAUCGCAAGAACGGCCCAUGGGGAUCCGGCCGCCAGAGUAAGGGGAUUGGAGGCUCUAGGCCCUUCCUUGGGCGAAGAUGGUCCCAACGCCCAGCUAAAACGACUCGCAUACCAGAAUCAAAUAGGAGAAGCCUUUCUGGAAGACGGACAAACUCUCAGAGCUGUGAGCAUACUGAGACGCACAGCCAAGAUCUGGAAGACAGCUGGGGCCUGGGACGGAGAUUACCAACUACUUGAAGUGCAGCACAACCUUGGAAUGGCCUACUACACGCUGGGUCAUAGACGUAGAGCGGUCAAGCUGCUCGAGCGUGUGGCAGAGUUCCGGAUGAAGACUCUUCCUGAGGACAAUAUGCGGCGUGUGAAGACUGAGAAGCUGUUGGGGGUUGUCCGAAAGGAGAUGGAGGAGGCAGGGGAGCCUGGAAGACGUUGA